AUUGAAUUCCCAAUUGUCGGGUGGUGUUGGACAAGGCAUUCCCGGCCAGAAUAGCAGUACGCUGUCGUCCAGCCAGCACUGUCCUUCGCUGGUGCCGGUGUUCCCGCUAAGGGCAGCGCACACAGGCGCCCAUGGUGCGCACUACUCCCCAUACUCGCCGUCCAGGUUUCACAUCGACAAACGAUGUCGGCACCGCUGCUCAUGGAAAUGUUUCAGCAUUGUUUUGAUAUUACUCAGUGUGGCACUUACUGCAAUGCUGGCUUAUUUUGCAGCUGUGAGUUCCAUGAAGCCCUCUAUCGAUCCAUCCAACUGCAUACUAGUACAAGACGUAAAAUCGGUCACACAUGACCAGAUGACACAAGAUUCGGCAUCUACACAAAUUCCCACGGAAGAAUCGCCGCCUACCAGUACGGCCGAACACGGUAACGGUUUGGGUCCAGGUAGUUUGCCUGGUGGCCACACCACACAGCAUAGUUCCCAACAGCCUUUACACAAUCAACAGCAACAACAGCAACAUCAACAGCAAAGUCAACAACAGACCUUACCGCAGUCUCAGCAACAGCAGGAGCAGUGGCCGUCGCCUGUGACGGAAUUGCGCGACUUCGAUGUUCCAUAUACUGCGAACGUUCCUCCGUAUCGCUUCUGGAAUUCGGAGUUCCGCAAUAAACAGCCGGCUUUCAUUCGACUGAACUUUACGCUGCCCUGGGGUGCCAAUUUUGCCGUCUACGGACGACGAAAUGUCGCCCCUAGCGUCACACAAUACGAUUUCGCCGAAUUCAUCAAAGGCGGACGAGUUGAUCAUAGGUUAAGGAAGCGGGAUACAAAUUCAUCACAAAGAAUCAGUAUCGAAAUUUUUAAUGAGCAUAAUGAUGAGCAAGAAAAUCAACGCAGUGCGCGAGAUGAAUAUCCAUUCGAAGAUGAUGCGAUGACCGAAUCGCCAUCGGCGAAUCCAAAACCAGACACCGAACUUCCAAGAGAUGAUCUUCACAUAAUUUACAAAAGAUCAAUUGACUCUAGUAACAUGGUUAAUGUUAGUUUGCUGCAAUAUUUGGACACAGGCCGAUGGUUUCUGGCCGUCUACAAUGACGAAUUAUUAGCGCAUACUGUCAAUUUGGUCGUCACAGAGGCUCAAGGUGUGAGCACCACUUGUCCAAAUGACUGUUCGGGGAGAGGUUCCUGUUAUUUGGGAAAAUGUGAUUGCAUUGAUGGUUUCCAAGGAACUGAUUGCUCUAAGAGUGUUUGUCCUGUAUUAUGUUCUUCUCAUGGACAAUACGGAGGUGGUAUUUGCCAUUGUGAAGAAGGUUGGAAAGGUGCUGAAUGUGAUGUGCCAAAACAUGAUUGUGAAGACCCGACUUGUUCUGGACAUGGUCGUUGCAAACAAGGCGAAUGCACCUGUGAACGAGGAUGGAAAGGAGCACGUUGUGAAUUAGAAGAUUGUUUGGAUCCAACUUGUUCAAAUCAUGGAACAUGUGUCGCUGGUCAAUGUUACUGCAAAGCUGGAUGGCAAGGUCCAGAUUGCGGAAAUGUCGAUGAACAAGUUUAUCAGUGCUUGCCAGGUUGCUCCGAACAUGGGGUUUAUGAUUUGGAAAGUGGUCAAUGUGUUUGCGACAGACAUUGGACUGGGGCAGAUUGCUCUCAAGGUUAG